GAAAGCGAAAAAAAAGUAAACAAUACAAAGCAGCGUGCAAGGAGAAACCUACACAAACAUGGCGGCAUUAUCGUUGUGUUUCUUGCUGUCGUGAUCAAAGCGAUCGCCGAUUAAACUUCCUUUCUGUGUUUGAUGACCGGUAAUGGGACAUCACGCCCUGCUGCUACUGCUAUGGCUUCUCUUCACACUCUCCUUGUUUUCCACUGCGACGAGUUCGGAUUGUGAUAUCACGAGCUGCUAUGCCAACUACAAGGAUGGUUCUUGUGACAAUUUGGCAGAAUUCCGUGCCUGUCUUAACCAAUUGGCGGAGAAGUGUGCUGGUGACAUCAACUAUAGGGCUACACAAACCCGUCACAGCAAACUGAAAUGCAGUGAUGCUGUGGCCACAGAGACAUCAAAGCUCAAACCAACCAAGGAAACCUGUCUGUGGCGGUCUGGUGAGCCAAAGGAGGAGUGGCGCCAGUGCAGCCUUUAUGGAGACACCCACCUGCGCACCUUUGGGGGAGAACUGCAGACUUGCCGUGCAAUUGGUGCCCGGCCCCUUGUGGACAAUGCCUACCUGGCGGUGCAGGUGACCAACACUCCUAUCGGCGACAAGGCAACAGUGCUUUCCAAGGUGACUGUUGUGAUCCACGCGCAUGGCGGCUGUGCAAUGGAGAAAACUUACGAAGCCGACAUCAAGGACAACCCAUUGCCAACUGUCUUUGUUGACGGGUCACCUUCGGCAGGCAAAGGAGUUCGUCUGACGCCGCUCAGUUCAAGCCGGGUGGAGCUUGUGUUGAGCCACGCAGGAGUCCGGCUGCUGAUCCGGCAGCAGGGUGACUUCCUCUCGGUGGCCCUGCGACUUCCAUCUUCCCUCGCCGGUGACCAGCCACUGCAGCUAUGCCUUCGGGGUUGCUCCCCAUCGGAGCGCGUGCAAGUCCCAGAAGGGGAGCCCGCCUGGCGGUUAGAGGAAGCAGAUGCGGCAUGUCGUGCUGCGAACUUAACGGGUGCCUACAGGGAUGCGUGUGUGUUUGAUGUGCUGGCAACGGGACAGAAGGACAUGGCAGCUGAAGCCAGUGGAGCGGCUGUGGCCGACCUGAAGGAACUGGGUGCAGAAGCGGCUCCCCAGGUCGUUCAGCAGCCCUCCGUGGCUGUGCAGAGGAGAGCAUCAGUCGCAGCUGUUGUGGCCAACCUGUUACUGAUAGCAUGGCUUCGUUCAGGGAGCUGCUCUGAAUUGCUGGGUGCAGUUAGAUGAAACAGUGUUUACAUUGCCGUGCACUCUGAGAAGGACUUCAAACAUGAGGCACAUGUAUGAAGCUGGCAAGAUGACAGUUAUUUCUGUACAACGAGUUCUACCUACAACCCCUGCAUAUUCAUCGUGGAAGUGUAGCUGGAGCCAGAAUCAACCUCUCCACAUCACCUAAAGGACUGCCGUUUACAGCUGUCAGCCAUUGCACCGGCUGUUCUCAGGAACUUUUUGACAUUGCAUGAAGUCAUGUGUGUCACUGUGCACAGUAUGCGAGGUGUGUGCUCAUCAGUGUUUCUGGAGGUUUGUUUUUUUGCGUUCUGUCAAAACGAAGUAGCAAUGGUGAGUAACGAUCCACUCAAUGAUAAUUUAUGUGCCAUAAGAGGGCACCAUAUGGGGCUGUGUUUUGUUUUGACCCAUCUCAUUUUCCAUUCUUUAUAUAUCUGUUGUGCCAAGUGGCUGAUCCAGAUGACAAUGGCUGUGGCAUUUUGUUCGAGCGAAAGACGUGGGGCAAAAAGGCUGGAAAAUGAAAUGGAUCAGUAGAAAAAUGUAGGCCAUGAUCAGCUAACCUGCCAAGCGAUCAACGGAGUGUUUUUGAAUCUACUUCCUUUAAUCAUCGUGUGUUUGAGAUAGGAUUAGUUUAGCUGACAGUCUUUUUAUAUGUAUCUAUAUAUAUAUAUAUGUAUAUGUAUAUAUUUUUAAGGCAAUAAAUAU